GCUGGGUCGCGCCGAGAACCCCGUGCGGUUUGCUUCUCGUCUCGUCUUUCCUCCGUCCCGGCGUCAACCGAACGACCCCGUCCGCCCGCCGUAGAUCACAAGGAGAAAGGGAUCGACCCCGCCGCCGCCGACGCCGAGAGACGAUGAGCUACCAGCAGGUCCCUCCGCAGGAGGCCUACCCGCCGCCAGGGUAUUCGCCGGUGUACCCGCCGCCGGCGCCCGGCGCGCAGCAGGGCCCGUACUACCCGCCGCCGCAGCAGCAGCCGCCGCCGCCGCCGGGGUACCAGGGAUACUUCAGCCAGGGCCAGCCGCAGCAGCCGCCGCCCUACUACUACCCGCCGCCGCCGCCGCACGGUGGCCAUCACCACCACGGCCACCACCACCAUGACCACCACGCCGAGGACCACCACCACCACCAUGGUCACCACCACCACCACCACCACAACGACGAUGACUGCUGCCUUGGCUUCCUCAAAGGAUGGUUGGCCGCUCUAUGCUGCUGCUGCUGUCUGGAGGAGUGCUGCUGCUGUUUCUGGUGAUGUGCGUGCUUGGAAGCUACUCGUGUCUUGCAUCUUCGACAUUGGGCGUGCCGCAGUAUCUAGUGAAUCUUCUGGCUUGUUAUUAUGUGUAGCUAUAUGAACGUAUUCUGUUACCUGUGUCAAAUAAACUGUGUUUACAUUGUUUGCUGAACUGUUUGGGCCAUGGAUGGACGGUGUUGUGCAAAGUGUACAUGAUCCAGACUUGACUGUUUUUCAUUCGUUGAUUGUGGAAACUUGGUGCUGAAA